CGUCCAUAACAAAGACCUCAUUUUGGCGAUGGAAACUAUGCACCAGCUUGGUUACAACUAGUACUUAGCAUUAGCAAUAGCAUGUGUGUGAGAAAAGAGAGAAAAACACAACACAACACAACACAAGCUCAAAAAUCUUCAUUGAUUUCUCCGCCCAAUUUUCCUGUUAUAAAUAAAGUCCUAAUCUUUUUCCCUCAAACUCUUCAUUUCCAUUCUUUUUUGGUGAUCCAAUGGCGACCCUUUUCCAGGGAUUGGGAGCUCUCACUUCACUAUCUCCCUCCAAUUCCAAAAGGUCCCUGCUUUCUUCUCGUAGAUCCCUCUCAGAGAGGAAAGCUGGAAUCUUUGUUGUCAGAUCUGAUGCAAGGGCGAACCAGACAGGAGCUCGCAAGCAUGAUUUGUUGAUUACCAAUGCAGUUGCAACAAAGGAGGGCAGUUCUGUGGCUUCUACAUCAAAACCUGGGCAUGAACUUCUCCUUUUUGAAGCCCUACGUGAAGGUUUGGAAGAAGAAAUGGAGAGGGAUCCUAAUGUAUGCGUUAUGGGUGAAGAUGUAGGUCAUUAUGGAGGAUCUUACAAAGUGACUAAAGACCUGGCCAACAAGUUUGGGGACCUGAGAGUUCUGGACACCCCUAUUGCUGAGAAUGCCUUCACCGGCAUGGGCAUUGGAGCUGCCAUGACUGGUCUAAGGCCAGUUAUUGAGGGCAUGAACAUGGGAUUCCUACUUCUCGCAUUCAACCAAAUCUCUAACAAUUGUGGGAUGCUGCAUUACACAUCUGGAGGCCAGUUCAAAAUCCCAGUUGUCAUUCGUGGACCUGGUGGAGUCGGGCGGCAACUCGGAGCCGAGCACUCACAGAGACUGGAGUCUUAUUUUCAGUCAAUCCCUGGAAUCCAGAUGGUGGCUUGCUCAACCCCUUACAAUGCCAAGGGCUUGAUGAAAGCUGCAAUCCGAAGUGAUAACCCCGUGAUCCUUUUUGAACAUGUUUUGCUUUACAACCUCAAGGAGAGAAUUCCAGAUGAAGAGUAUGUGUUGUCACUUGAAGAAGCCGAGAUGGUUAGACCCGGGGAGCAUGUCACGAUAUUAACCUAUUCCAGGAUGAGGUACCAUGUCAUGCAAGCUGCAAAGACAUUGGUGAACAAGGGGUAUGACCCUGAAGUAAUUGAUAUCAGGUCAUUGAAACCGUUUGAUCUUCACACAAUUGGGAAUUCAGUAAAGAAGACACAUAGGGUGCUGAUUGUUGAAGAGUGCAUGAGGACUGGUGGAAUUGGUGCUAGUCUGACUGCUGCUAUUAGUGAAAAUUUCAAUGACUAUUUGGAUGCUCCCAUCGUUUGUUUGUCAUCUCAGGACGUGCCAACCCCAUAUGCUGGACCGUUGGAAGAAAUGACGGUGGUUCAGCCUGCUCAGAUUGUGACAGCAGUUGAGCAGCUCUGCCAGUGAAUGCAGCAAAACAUGUGCAAUUAGGACAUGUUUUUUUCGGUAAUGCUAUUGUGCUUGUUAAGUUAAAAUAGAACUUUGGUCAAGGUUUUCUCAUUUCAUUUGUUUUCUUUCCCUUCUAAAACCCCCAUAAGUUAUGAUUGCCAUUUAAUUUCUAGUAUCCUUGGCAAAUUUUUUAAAGAAUGUUUAGAACUGUUCACCCAAUCUGAGGCUUUCUAAUUAGUUCAUCUACAUCUAGGGAAGUAUUUGUAAUUGAUGUUGAUGUCAGCUAUUGUCUGUUAUAGGUCUAGUUAAUUUUGAGUUCACUUGUAUGGAUGUAGUAGUUUGUUCUCAUUGAUUUUGAAUGUUAUAUUCAAUUCUAAAUGUCACACGA